AAGAAUUUUAUCGUAUGAUAAUUCUAUUAAUAUAACAAUAGAAUUGUAACAGGUUUUAUAAACCCGAGUGUAUUUAAAUACGGUGGACUCGAAUUGAAAUUAUCGAUAAGGGCGUUGACCAUUCGCAUGUACACACGUAGUUUUUGUUAGUUAAACCUGUAUUGCCGUAGACUUACGUUGACAAUGUCCGAUAUGGAGGAGGAAAUCUUGGAUUUACCGAGUGAGCAAGGUACGUCUACUAGAAAUUCGCAUGAAAUGUCUAAUGCAGACUUAUUUUCACUUCUCAAGACGUAUAUGGAUACUAGACUGUCAGGUAUUGAAACAUCUUUCACAGAUACCACGCAUACUUUGGAGAAAAAGGUUAAAAAGGCUGAAAAUUCGUUCAAGUUCAAGGGGCAUCAGGUUCAGUACGAGCUGAACGUAGAUUUACAGGAUUUGGUACAGAGGGCGUUGGAUUAUUUAGGGAGAAAUAAGUCGGAUAAAGCGGUAACUAUUCUGAAUGAGGCUCUUAACACGCUAAAGAAAAGAAACAAGCUCAUAAGAAUUGCUGACAAGUCGGAGGGAGGGUGGAAGACCGUACAAGAAUAUUUGUCCGAUGAUUUAGCCAGCGACUCAGAGGAUGAAAAGAAGAUAAGGGCAGCUGAUACCCGGGCGGUGAAAAAGUUAAAGGCCGUUAAAUCUGCAGACAAGAAGCAGAACGUUCGAAAAAGACCAGCUGAAGCAUCCGGUUCUACAUCGCAGACAGCGCAUAACGCAAUUCCAGUUUCUGUCAGCAUGCCGCCCUUUCGCGGGAGCAGACCUGGUUACGGAAAUCAGGUCAAAAGGUCCAGGGAAGGAGAUAUGUGUUUCAGGUGUGGAUUAUUUGGACAUUGGGCAUCCGAUUGCAAAAAAGACACCAAGACUGGAUUUGGAGCUCCCAGAGGAAAUACAUAAGGAUUUCAGCGCUCAUACGGACACUUUACAGAUUUUACUGACUGGAGGUUCUCUAUUCAAAGAUGUUGGCUUACAGAAGCUGAUUGAUGUAUAUAUUGUGUCACUUGACGAUAUUUUUGGGACCACAUGGUCUGUAGAUACCACUGGGUAUAGUUAUGGUCACUGGACCUGUUUUUUCUGUUUGUUGUAAGCUGAGCAGUUACGCAUAUUUCAAGAUUGUUGAGACAACCUUUUUAAAUUUAUUUAAACAGAGGACGUAUAUAUAUUCUGUGAUGUGGACUGUAUUUGCAAAAUUACAAACAUUUGUAAUUUGUUGCUCAUUUGAUAUACAUGUAUUGUAAUUAUUUGGUAUAACAUAAAAGAGAAUGGUCAUCGUGCCUGACAAGUUCUAAAACUAGUGUUUUAGUUAUUUAUAUAUGAAUGAGAUAAGAAAAAGAUGGGGCCGAGGUAUAUAGAAAUU